AUGGCUGCCACCGACGACCUCCAGCUCCUUCCUCUCCUUUCCAAGAGGUUCCCCUCCGUGUCCAGUUCCUUGAGACGGGCUUUCACUCAAGUCCAGCAGGGAGAGACGGACCUCUCGCUGGCCUUGCAGAAUGUCGCUGCCACCGUGCCUGGGUCCGAUGCCAAUCAACUCAAGUUCAUCGAUCAACUACUGUCCUGCACCACCUACAACGUCGACCUCCUGUCUCAUCUGCUGGCCGACCGAGAUGCCAACAGUAUACGCGAUGUUGCUCUCCGAUCCUCUUCCUUGGGUGUCGGCGACUAUCCCGAAUACGUCCUGAAGAAGUUCCGUAGUCGUCUGUUGGGUUUGGAAUCCACUGCGACGAUCUACAGCUUGCUGGUCCAGACGACGUUCCCGGAGAAAGAGAAAGCUGUCCUCUCUGCCGCGCGAACAUUCAUGAAGCGAUUGCUUGACGUAGACUUCGACAUCUCCAGGCACUCUGUGCGUCCGUAUCUUAAUGACCCGCAGUAUCUCCAGCUGGUUCCGAAGCCAAACCAAACCAGAGUCAUCGGCUUGAUUGCCGUGCUGCAGCGCCUCCAAGCGGUAGUUACGGAUCCCCUGGAUAUCAUCAAGCUUAUCCAAGCUUCCAUAUACUCAGCUGCAACCAUCUCACGGAAGUCUCUGGAGAAGUUUACCUCCGCCGUGGCUAAUUCUGGCAUCAGCCCCGAGUCAGCCCAGCGCAUCUAUCACCAGGCAUGCCGCAUCCAUCGCCGGAACGAACGGCUGUGGGUCAAGGGAUUGCAGGAGAAGACUGAAGUUCCAUUGGCCUUGACAAAAUCAUCCCACCCUCAUUCUCGCGCUGAAUCCUUCGAGACCCCCAGCAGCGGUGACACCAAGAUCAACAUCGGCAACAUGUUCCCCAGCGUCAUGCAGAUGGAGGGUUGCGCCGACUGUUCGUCUAUCACUAGCCCCGCGGCUUACUUCGUGAGUAUGCUGCAGCAGCUGGAUAAGUGGCUGGUCGAUCCCAAAGAUGCAGGCAACCCGAAGACUCUCCGAGACUCUUUAUUCGACCGCCGUCCUGACCUGGGGGAUCUCCAGCUGUCGUGCGCCAACACCAACGUGCAGCUGCCGUACAUCGACCUGGUGAACGAGGCCCUGGAGUCAGUCGUCAAGCAUGCCAGCCUCGACGUUGAGGAGCCCUUCAACAUGGACGACGAAGACACCAGCGACGGUGACCUCACCGAGCCGCGGCACGUCAAUUAUACUGUCUAUCGGGAUAUCAUCCAACCGAUGGUGUUCCCUCUGAGCCGGUUUCCCUACAACCAGGCCAUCGAUAGCAUCCGAAACUUCUUGCACGCUCUGGGAACGACUCGCUCGGAUCUGGUAGUCGCGCUUCGCUCCGAACAGCGGCUAAUCUCACUGAUUCCGUCCUCUUCCUCCUCUUCUUCCUCCUCCUCUUCUUCUUCCUCCUCAUCUCUGUCAACCCAGCAGGCAGCUGCCGUGUUGGACCGGUUUGCGGCGGCGGAGUCCCUAGAUCUCCAGCAGGAAGAAUACGUGAUCAUCACGGGAGAAGCCAUCCAGACGCGGGACUUCUUAGGCAACCCCAAUGACUAUCACGACCGCAUCGGGCUCAAGCCUACUGCCGCCUAUUGGGGAUACCAAACGAAAGAGGAGAUGUUGUCUACCAAUGAAACCAAGUCAACCGGUCUCAUGUUCAUCAAGGCCCAAUUCUUACCCCGUGCGGAGAUCAGUUUCAAUCAGUUGCUCGCCCUACUGAAUACUCGCUAUCUCGGCGAACAUCUGGUCAUCGAAAUGCCCAAUGGCGAGACACAGUUCUCGGGCAAACUGGACGACAUGCGACUGCGCUAUGUUGAAUCUCCUGGCAACCACCCGGCUAACCCCUUGACAGAAGAUAUCUGUAACCGGCUGCAGGCAUUCAUACUGGACGAUCCCGGACACCGACGCGGCCAUCACGAUCCUCUCGAAAAACAACAGCAAUGUCAUCACGCCGGAUGUAAUCACUGGCAUCGCGGGGGUCAAACAGCUCUCGAAGAUGGCCAACCUCCCCAUCGUCGAGUUGCUGCCCCUCUGGGGGAUAUACCCACGAACGGAUCGUCCUCCCUCUACGCACGCCUCUUCCUGACCCCCAGACUGGAGCCGCAAAAUGUGGUCUUCCAGCUUGGAGCGGACGGGAAUCUCAAACAGCCGAAUCAGACGCUGGCCAGCUGUGCCGGCGUCCUGCAGUCUGCGUUGCAGCUCACGACCUCGGGCUUUGCGGGCCUCCAGACAAGGGUUUCGAAAACGCUGUCACUAGCCAGCAUCUCGCAACUCUACCGCCAAUCCCUUCUCUGUCGGCUGCUGGAGAUCAGGCCCGAGCAGUAUAAUACCUUCCGUGCCCUUUAUUCCAAGCUGCAUCCCUUCGAGAGCCCGCAGGCGACCAUCGACAUCAUCCAGAGAUUCACGGCGUUGACGGCUCGCGGCUGGACGCUCGACAGCCUCGACUUCAUCAUGCAAACAUUUGCGAUUCAGGGCCGGUCAGAUAACAAAUCCGCUGAUGAGUUUGGGGUAACCGUCGAGAAGGAAGUGCCGACCGUGGUCCAGAUCAUCACCAGCAACACCAGCCCUGGACUGGGGACGGAUGACGAUGAUCAGAAGGCGAGACAGUCAUACCAAGUGAAGCUGCUGAGGAUCUGCAAGAUCCUGCAGCCGCUGUUCCCGGGCCUAAACGCGGAGAUCCUCCAGUUCAUGCUCUCCGACGUGCUCACCGUCGAUGGCCAACAUCCGGCCAUCGCCGCUCUCAUCCAGCUAGCUCCUCCCGACAUCAGCAAGUCUCCGUUCCAGGGCUAUUUCCUACCUCCGUCCACCGAGAUAUAUACCUUUGUCACCGAUGAGGCGGGGUCCAAGAGGAGUCUAUCGAUCGACGGCGUCAAGGUUGCCUUCUCCAAACAAUCGGGGAGGUAUGUUACAAGCCCCCGACGACUGCUCAACGGCCAAUCGUACCAGUUCACCUGGGAGGGACAUCUCGAUCCAAAGUUCCAAGAACUCCAGUGGCAGACCACAGCGCUGGAUGCCGCACAGCCCUUCACGCCGGCUCUGGUGGUCGACCGGUCCGCCGUUCAGACAGCCAGCGUGGUCCUGUCCAGCCUCGCGCAGGUGCGCCAGCUCGUGCACAACUACCAGCUAGCGGUCGAGGAAGUCCACUAUUUCCAUACUGAUGCUUCCAACUUCGCCUUUCAGGGCGUGUCCAUGGCCGAGCUCGAGGAGCUGCAGCUGUAUACGGACCUCCGGGACUCGUUCCCACCACCCAAGGGCCGCUCCUCCUCUUUGUCCGCACUGCUGGACUUUCGCAAAUGGCUCGCCAACCCCGAUGAUCCCAAACAGCUCGUCCCACGGUUGGCCGGACUGGGGGGCUGGGAUACGGCUCUCGUCAAGCAGAUCUGCGGGGCUCACUACCAGGGUCUCGAUGAUACCGCGUUAGUUAAGCUGAUCGGUCAGGAUGACCUCUCCAGUCUCGAGCGGAUCCGGGGAGCUGUCAAGGCGAUAUCUCGACUUUUGGCCAUCCCUGCGCUCUCCAGCAACCUCCUUUACAGCAUCGCCGCACCCGCUACAAACCCAGAAGACAUCCCCAUGAUGGAUUUCUCCAACGCGGACGCGCUCCGGCAGGCCAUCCACUCUCAAGCGACCACUACCGCCUCUCUGCGUGCGGCGAACGACCAGCUGCGAGAGCACCAGCGGGCCGCUCUGGUAGCGUAUCUCCUGCAGCAAAAGUCCAUCCAGGACCGCAACCUGUUCGACGCCGACUCUCUCUAUGAACACUUUCUGAUCGACGUGCAGAUGGGGUCCGGCAUGAAGACGUCCCGGCUGAAGCAGGCCAUCUCGACCGUCCAGCUGUACGUGCAGAGGUGCAUGCUGGGCCUCGAGCAGGACUACGGCGUCCAGAGCUCGGCUGUCUCACGCGACGACUGGGACUACAUGCUGCGCUAUCGGCUGUGGGAGGCUAACCGCCAGGCCUUCCUCCACCCGGAGAACUGGAUCGACCCGACGCUGCGCGACGACAAGUCGGAGCAGUUCCGCACCUUUGAAUCGACGGUGCUGCGGGCCAAGUUGACGCCGGAUUCCAUCGAGGACGCCCUCCGCACGUACAUCUACGCCGCCGACGAGGUCGCCCACUUGGAGCUGCUCACGUACCUGUGGGAACGCCGGGAGGUCGCCGAGGGCCAGGGCGCCGUGGAGGACGAUAUCGGCGGCGUCCAUCUCUUCGCCCGCACGCGUACGACCCCCUAUCGAUAUUUCUACCGGCGCGUGGACUUCCGCGGCGCCUAUGACGCCUACUAUGUAUUCUGGCGGCCGUGGACGAUGCUAGACGUCGGCAUCAUCCCGCAGGACGUCGACCUCGACGGCCGCAAGCUGGACCGCCCCGGCACGUAUCUGGUCCCGACCAUCUUCCGUCGGCGUCCCACUGACAUCGACGGGCGUCUGUAUCUCUUCCUGCCUCAUCUGACCCUCAAGACGCUGCAGAAACAGCGGAAGACCGAUGACAGUUUCUCCACCAUGGCCAACGAGAAGCCGAGCGACCUCAAGUCCAGCCACUACUGGGAGCUCUCAAUGGGCUGGACGGAGCUGCGCAACGGCCAGUGGACGGCCAAACAGGUCGCCCAGGGCGUCGUGGAGAUCCAUGAGACCAACGGGGUCCUGCCGCAUGCGGGAUCGUUCCGGUUCUGGACCAACACGCGCAAGAUCCCGUCAGCCUUCAAUAAGAAAGAGGAAUUCAAUGUCCUCACCAUCGAGGUCGAGACCUGGCAGCAGAAGUCUGGAAGCACCGGGCUGGACGGCUGCACAACCGUAGCCCUGGGCCGCUACGAGAUGCAAGGCCCUCGCCUGGUGCUGGACCCAGCCAAUGCCACUCCCUCGGGCGAGAAGACGGUGCCGACGGACUUCAUGCGACUCUCAUGGCAUGUCAACGCGGGCAGCAAGGACACGGUGCCCUCGGAGGAUUCAAUAACUCACGACGGGACCAGCGAGCAGCUAUAUCUGGCCAAGACCGGCAGACCCGCCAGCAGCUCCAACUACAGCUGGACGCUGUGCCUGGACCAGAUCAACUGGGAUCGGCCCACGGGCCUGCUGCUAGAGACCUCCACCAGCGACGGCGUGCAGAGCCUGCUGGCCUAUCCGCAGUAUCUGGCGCGCGAUCGACAGAAAUACCGGCUGCCGUUCGCCCAGGAGCUGCUGAGCAACCCCGUCGCGCCGGUCCUCGUGGAGACGGCCACGCUGGGAUCGGGUUUCGAGGACAUCUUUCAGACCCUAUCCAACCUCCCCGAGGGCUACUAUCCCAACGCCUUUGGGCAGUCGGGUCUGUCGAAGAGCAUCCGCGUCUUCCACGAGCUCGCCCGCUCCCACGCGCUGUACCAGUGGGAGACGGGCGUCCACGCCGUCAGCCUCCUGAUGGAGCGCCUGCAGGCGACGGGCCAGUACGAACUGGCUCUCCGUGUCGCGCGGUGUGCCUUUGAUCCGACCAUGGAGGGCACUGACCUGACGCGCUGCUGGCUCUUCCCUCCCUUCCGCGAUCACAACACGACGCAGCCUCCAGACGAUACCCUUGGGUCGAGCGAGCAGGACCGACUGGCGCUGGCCGACUGGGCCGAUGCCCAUGCGAAUGUACAUGCGGCCGCGCGCGGUCACCCCAUCGCCUACAUGAAGCGGCUGGCCAUGAAGUACAUUGAGAUCCUACUCGACGCCGGCGACGCCUGGUUCCGCCAGAACACGCUCGAGGUGCUGCCGCUAGCGAUGCAGCGGUACAUCGAGGCCUCGCACGUCUUUGGACCGGCGCCGGUGCCCAUGCCGUCGCUGGGCAAGCGACAGGUGCUCACCUACAACCAACUCGUCAAGCUGGAUGCUGACCAGAACCCCAACCCCAAGGUCGACCUCGAACUGGACUUCCCCUUCCAGUCGGACGUCGAAGAACGCGGCCAGUCUGCUGUCCAGCUUGACAGCCAGACCAACGUGCCGUACAUCGAGACCGGCUACUUCUGCGUGCCGGCGAACAUGCAGAUCCUCGCCUUGCGGCAGCGCAUCGACGACCGGCUGUUCAAGAUCCGGAAUAACAUGGACCUUUACGGCAAUAUUCAGGAUCGGGCGCUCUUUACACCUCCUAUCGACCCAGGUCAACUACAACGGGCGCUGGGCGCCGGCAUCAGCCCGUCCGGGUUCGCCGCUGAUCUGAACGGCGAGGCCACUCCCCGGUAUCGAUUCCGGGAGCUUCUCCAGCAGGCCCGGAGGUUGACGGACGAGCUGCGGUCGAUGGAAGCCUUGAUCAUCGGCAUCCGAGAGAAAAAGGACGCCGAAGCCCUGUUCGCCCUGUCGACGGGCCAGCGCCAGGCCGUCCAGCGGCUCGUUCUGGAGACGAAGAAACUGCAGACGGAUGAAGUGAAUAGGACUAUCGCUGUGCUGCAAGAGACGCGCCGCGCGCACGAGACCCGGCUGGGCUUCUACCUGGCGCUCACAGGUGACAAUAAGACAUACAGGAUCCCCGACGCCGACACCGCGUGGGACGAUAUCCCGCAGAACAUCGACAUCCCCUCCACUGACAGCCUCCGCGUAACGCCAAACGAGAAGCUAGAGAUCGACAGCUCGUUCACGGCCAUGCUGCUAGGGCAGGGAGCCGCGUCGCUAGAUACUAUCGCGGCCGCCCUGCUCAUCAUCCCGCAGGUGACGGUCCAGGCGGAGCCCCUGGGCGUCGGCGUCUCGACCGAAGUCGGCACGGGCAUUGUCGCGCGGACGCUGCAGGCCACCGCCAGUGGGAUCCGGCAGGGCAGCGAUAUCGUCCGCGAAGAGGGCCUCAGCGCGGGGCGGACAGGCCAGCUGAUGCGCCAGCUGCAGGAGCGGCGCCAGGCGGCCAACCAGGCCGGCCGCGAGAUCAAGGUCGUCGACCGGCAGAUCGAGGUGCAGAAGGCCAUGCAGAAGCGCAUCGAUAGCGAGGUGGCCUCGCUGCAGAAGGAGAUAGACAACGCCAGUGAGGUCCUGGAGUGGUUGCAGUCCAAAUACACCAAUGAAGAGCUCUACAACUGGCUGGACAAUCAGUACCGCAGCCUCUACCAGGACACCUACCAGCUGGCGGCCGACCUGGCGCAGAAGCUGCAAAGGGCCUACAGCUUCGAGAACCCACGAGACAGCAACUAUUACCUGCGACCAGCCGGGGCCGGAUACUGGGACAGCAGCCGGGACGGCCUGCUGGCGGGGGCGAUGCUGGGGCUCGAUCUCGAUCGCAUCGAGAUGGCUUACAUGAACAGCCAGCCGUUCGACUUUGAGAUGGAGAAGAAGAUCUCCCUACGCCAGCUGGAUCCAGCGCAGCUGCUGGCCUUGCGUGAAAGGGGAAUCGCAACCUUUAGUCUUCCAGAGGUCCUGUUUGAUCUCGACUUCCCUGGCCACUACUGCCGGCGCAUCGUCUCCGUGGGCGUCCAGAUCCCCUGCAUCGCCGGCCCAUUUGAGAACCUGAACUGCACCCUGAGCCUGAACUCGUCCUCCUAUCGUGUUACGGAUACGGCCACCAGCGGCGACGACUACUCUACGGCGGACGGUUUCCGCAGCGACCACAGUCCCAUCAUGGCCAUCGCCGUAACGACGGGUCAGUCCGACAGCCGCCAGUUCAACCUGGCCUUCCAGGGCAACAAGUACCUCCCCUUUGAAGGUGCUGGCGCCAUCUCGACCUGGUCUCUGGAACUCCCCAACCCCAUCCGGCAGUUCGACUACGGGACCAUCGCUGACGUGGUCCUCCAGCUGCGGUACACGGCCGUGCGCAGUACCAGGUCCCAGUUCAAGACCGCAGCAACGAAUGCCGCAAAGAAACAGCUGAAAUCUACCGCGGCCGGCGCUCGCCAUCCCUGUACGCUUGUGGACGUUUCCACCGACUUUGCCAGUCCUUGGAUCCUCUUCCGGGACCAGCUACGCAGCGGCACGAAUCCGUCAGUGUCUAUGGUCCUGGCCGAUUUCAAUCGACUGCUACCUUUCUGGACUCGGGGGGCGAAUAAGAUAACCGUGCAGAAGAUUUCUCUCGUUCUCACGCCAUCGGAAAGGCUGGGUGAUCUGGCGACUGCACUGAGUAUCAAGGAACUCGACUCGAUCAAGCACUGGUCGCCUGACAACACGACGCUGAAGGACUGCUUAAUCCUGACGGCGGACAAGGUCAACAAGGUCCUGCCGUCGACGUGGACUCUACAGGUGGAUAACAAGAGCCAGACCAAGUAUCCGGUGAAGAAGAUGUGGGCGAUGGCCGAGUACACGGUGGACUAUUCAUAGACAGGUUGAUAUAAAUAGUCUCAUAGUGUACGGUGUAGAAGUUACUCCUACCUAACGAUCUAGUAAUUUACUUAUUCUUUAAUAUCGGUAUGAGGUUUUUUCAUCGCCAGUCUUGCAUAAUUGGGAUUCCAUUUCCGGAACUGCUGCGCGUCGAUCAUGAUCCUGCUACCGACGUGGGCUUUCACCAGUUGAUCCUUAUGUGGGACGAACAUAUUUCCGUCAUAUUGGCUAUGGUAACAGCCAAUGAGUGGUACGAACUUUCCACCGGCGGAUACAAGGCGCGGCCAGAUUUCCG